AGGCGUCAUGAAAUGAUCGAAUUUUGAAUGUUUGAAAAAUCCGUUAUAAUGUUUCGUUUCCUUCGUGUUGACAAGCUUUCGAUCGAAUUUAUGUAGUCGUUUCAUUUAUGAGUACAUUGAUGAAUAUUUGAAGAAUUUUAGGUACGGCUGACUGGUUUCAUUCGCUUGUGUUUCCUUUGUGUUGUGAUGAAUAAGAUGUCGCGGAUACCCAAAAUGCCGCCUGUAACUGCCACUAAAGAAAACAAACCCAGUUUGCUGAAUCGUCGUCCUAUUUCAAGAACUUUGGCUAAUGGUUUAAGUGAUGCUGACAAAAAAGAUUUAUUAAUAAACCAUACUAAACCUGUGUAUAGGGGACCUACAACUUCCACCACAGUUCCAGCUCAACGUCUGAAGAGGUCAGCUACUGCCCCAUCAUCAGUCAAUGUGCCACCUCCGAAAGUAAACAAAAUUGAGAAGAAAGUUACAGUUGCUCCGAAGAUUGCUCCUUAUGACUAUAAGGCGAGAUUCAAUGACUUGUUGGGUAAACAUAAGAAUAUGAAAAGUGAGUUUGACGAUUUAAAAGAAAAACAUAUUGAGGUAUCUGACAGUUAUGAAAAGACCAAAGACUCAGUACAGAGUUGUAUUAAUGAGAGAGACAGAUUGAAAGAAAAUUUGUUAAAAUCAUUAAAUGAAUUGAGAGAGAAAUCUUCAGAAUACGACAAAAUGAAAGUGGACCUGGAUAUUCAAAAGCUUGAGAACGAGAAUCUUCAACGUAAAACUGUAUUACUGGAUGAAAUAACAACCAGUCUCAAACAAAAAACAGCUGAGUUGGAUAAAAUUCAAGCUGAAUUUACUGAACUGACCAGACAACACAAAAGUCUUAAAGAAGAAACGGAGGCUCUUAGAGUGUUAACAGAUCAUCUUAAAAAGAUUUCUAUUGAGUAUGACAAAUUACAACUUGACUAUAAAGAAGCUAAAGAGACAAUUGCCAAGUACAAGUCUGAAUCAGAUAUAUUGCAGAAUAUUUUAGCUGCAAUGCAUAAAGAGCAGAGAGAUUUGAGAAAUACUAUACAGGACUUGAAAGGAAACAUUCGUGUUUACUGCAGAAUACGGCCACCACUGGAAUCUGAACAAAGCAAACCAAAGUUCAAUCUUAAUGUGCUUGAUUCUUGCUCUAUAGAAGUUGAAAAAGUUGAACUAUUAAAUUCAGCUAGAAAAGGGAAAUCACAACAUGCCUUUACCUUUGAUGGUAUAUUCACACCACAUGCAUCUCAGGAAGAUGUGUUUGCUGAAGUAUCCACUAUGGUCCAGUCUGCACUGGAUGGCUAUAAUGUGUGUAUUUUUGCAUAUGGACAAACAGGUUCUGGUAAAACGUACACUAUGGAAGGUGGCUGUGGGACUGAGCAGUAUGGUAUCAUACCAAGAGCAUUUAACAUGAUUUUCACAUGUAUGGAAGACUUAAAGCGCAUGGGUUGGGAAUUAUCUAUAAAAGCCUCAUUUUUGGAGAUUUAUAAUGAAGUCAUUUAUGACUUAUUAAACUCUUGCAAAGAUCAAGAGAGCCAUGAAAUCAAAAUGGUUAACUCUAAAGGCACAGAUGUGUAUGUGUCUAAUUUAAAAGAAGAGGAAGUUCAGAACUCACAUGAUUUUAUCAGGCUGAUGAUUUUUGCCCAACGCAACAGACAAACAGCUGCUACCCUUAACAAUGAACGCAGUUCCCGGUCUCAUUCAGUUGCUCAGAUUAAAAUAUCUGCUAUACAUGAAAAACGUAAAGAGAAAUACACAAGCAACUUGAAUUUGGUAGAUCUAGCUGGCUCAGAAAGUGGUAAAACCACACAGAGAAUGGAUGAAACAAAGCAUAUUAACAGGUCUCUGUCGGAAUUAUCUAAAGUAAUCUUAUCGCUGCAAACAAAUCAGUCACACAUACCCUACAGAAACUCCAAGUUGACCCACUUACUGAUGCCCAGCCUGGGAGGUAACUCAAAAACUUUGAUGUUGGUUAACGUCAAUCAAUUUGAUGAAUGCUUUAGUGAGACUCUGAACUCCCUGCGGUUUGCAACACAAGUUAACAAUUGCAGAGUGGUAAAGGCUAAGAAGAAUAUUACAAUGUUUGACUCAUAAUAUUAAUUAUUAAUUGUUGUUUAUGUAUUGACAUGAUAAUGUUAUGUAGCAGUUAUGAUUGAAAAGUAAAAUCUUUUCGAUUUUUUAUUAAGACAUUAAUUAGGUCUAUAUUUUAUUGCAGUUUAAAUAAACUUAACAUAAUUAAUAAGAAACCCUUAUUAUGAAAGCAGGCUUAGAACUCUUGGGUUUAUAAUAUUUAAGGGCUUAUUUGCUUUACAAUGACUUAAAUCUGAUCCCUAAGACUAAAGUUCUUUCUCAGAUCUUUUAAUUACAUCUGAAUAUUUCAUAUGUUUAUUGGCAAUAUUAUGCCGUUAUAUUUUCAUUGUUUUCAAUUUAAUGCCUAAUUCUUAUAGUUAUAUGCUUUAGAGGUGAAUAUAUACACCAAUUUAAUCAUUAGAUUAUACUUACAAAUUUGCGAUUCUUUAAUUUUCAAUAGUUGUGUUACAAUUAUGUUAUUAAUAAUUUUCACGUGUAU